AUGUGCAUCAAUAUAAUCCGAACAAUCAAUUGAUAAAAUACAGUGCAAAACAUGUGGAAGGACACAUUUUGAUGGAAAUGUGAGGCCACUCUUCUCCACGGCUUGUGGUUGGUUUUGUACAAUUUAUAUGGACAUUUGAACGUGCCAUAGUGUGUAAAAAAGGGCCACUCACAAAUCCUCAUACCACAAAAAAAUGGCGCUUCUUAUGUUCUUCGCCAUCACCUUCACGCCCAUGCUCCACGGCGCACCGCGAGUUACUGCUUGUGUUCCUGCGAUAUACGUGUUUGGGGACUCUUUAGCUGAUGUCGGUAACAACAAUCAUCUCGAAGUCGCGGAGAUAAAUAAGGCGAAUUUCCCUCACAACGGCGUCGAUUUCCCCGAUAGGGUUUCCACAGGGAGGUUUAGCAAUGGCUACAACGGCAUCGACUUCAUCGCGAAAAAGUUAGGCUUUGAGAGGAGUCCGCCACCAUAUCUUUCUCUUACAAAUGUGACCCAAAUGCUGAUAGGAGUAAACUUUGCUUCUGGAGGUUCUGGAGUGCUUGACACCACAGGUCCUGGCACAAUCACCUUCUCGGCACAAAUUGCAUACUUUGGUAACGUAUCGCGCGCCCUCGCAGAACAAAUGGGAGAUGAGUUAGCGAAAACUCGCCUCUCCGAGUCUCUCUUUCUCAUCAGCACGGCAAACAACGACAUGUUCGCGUACUACUACGCGACAGGUGCUAAAAAUACCACAUCAAAUGAUCACUUCAUCUCAUCCCUCGUGGACAAGUUCGAGAAUCAUUUACAGUCUCUUUACCAGCUCGGAGGAAGAAGAUUUUGGAUAGCAGGUGCAGGUAAAAUAGGAUGCAUACCGUUUUUGAGAAGCAGAAGCACUUCGGGAGGCUGUGUCGAGGAGCUAAACGAAAUGGCUCGACGGUUCAACGAGGUCGCCAUGCCGCGACUGAAUCAGCUUAGCUUACAGCUGGAAGGAAUGAAGUAUUCUUACGUAAGGUUUAAGGAGCUCACAAGCGCAUGUUGCGGAGGCGGAAAAUACAACGGGGCAUCUCAAUGCACCCUAAAUGCUAGCUACUGCUCCAACCGCGAUGAACAUUAUUUUUGGGACUGGUUUCACCCCACUCAAGCGGCUUAUAAGUUGGUCGCACAAGUUGCUUAUAAUGGCACAAAGGGCAUCUCCACACCUGUAAAUAUCAAACAGCUAGUUCAAUCACAGUAGCUUCUGAAAAAGUGCUUCUGCUGAAGCUAUUUUGUCAAUUAACAGUUCAGAAUAAUAGUUGAUUUAAGUUUUGUUAGUACCACGAUGUCUUAGUGAAAUAAGAUGCGAUGUGACAAUUACUUCAUCAAGGACAAAGUAAAACCUUUCUUUAUAUUUUUAUCUAAUAACAAAUAAUAUUGUUGUCAUCUUCAUCAAAGAAAAGCAAGUGAAAUGCUUAGUAAAUAUAGGUUCUCCCCUUGGGUCUUGACUAUGUUUUCCCCGUUUGGAUCGCGGGAUAAGCGGGGAUAACGAAAGUUAUCUCCGCUAUUCCGCCAAACGGGGUGAAAUUUGGCCGGAA